CAGCAAUGGAGCUUUCCACCAAGCAGCAACAACUAUAUAUCGGUUCCACCACGGGGGUUGCUCAGCUCCCGUUACACCGCUGCGAUAUUUAUGGGAAAGCCUGCGCAGAGUGCUGCCUCGCCCGAGACCCUUACUGUGCCUGGGAUGGCUCUUCAUGCUCUCGCUAUUUUCCCACUGCAAAGAGACGCACAAGACGACAAGAUAUAAGAAAUGGAGACCCACUCACUCACUGUUCAGACUUACAACACCACGAUAAUCACCAUGGCCACAGCCUUGAAGAAAGAAUCAUCUAUGGAGUAGAAAAUAGUAGCACGUUCCUGGAAUGCAGCCCAAAAUCACAGCGAGCUCUGGUCUAUUGGCAAUUCCAGAGGCGAAAUGAAGAGCGAAAAGAAGAGAUCAGAGUGGAUGAUCAUAUCAUCAGGACAGAACAAGGCCUUCUACUGCGUAGCCUGCAACGGAAGGAUUCAGGCAAUUACCUCUGCCAUGCCGUGGAACAUGGAUUCAUGCAGACUCUUCUUAAAGUGACCUUGGAAGUCAUUGACACGGAGCAUUUGGAAGAACUUCUCCAUAAAGAUGAUGAUGGAGAUGGGUCUAAGACCAAAGAAAUAUCCAACAGCAUGACACCUAGCCAGAAAGUCUGGUACAGAGACUUCAUGCAGCUCAUCAACCACCCCAACCUGAACACAAUGGAUGAGUUCUGUGAACAAGUAUGGAAAAGGGACCGAAAACAGCGUCGGCAAAGGCCAGGACAUAACCAAGGGAAUAGUAACAAAUGGAAGCACUUACAGGAAAAUAAGAAAGGUAGAAACAGGCGGACCCAUGAAUUUGAGAGGGCACCCAGGAGUGUCUGAGCUGCAUUACCUCUAGAAACCUCAAACAAGUAGAAACUUGCCUAGGUAAUAACUGGAAAAAUGCAAUAUACAUGAACUUUUUUCAUGGCAUUAUGUGGAUGUUUACAAUGGUGGGAAAUGCAACUGACUUCCCCCAAUUAUAAAUUAAGUCCAUGAGUAACUUUGCUAACAGGCUUUCCUCCUAAUACCAACACCUAAUAGAGGUCAGGUGAACGCAGAUGUUCACUUUAGCAGACUUAAAUGUUUCCUAUGAGAUUUCAUUGUACAGGUUUCGCUUUCUUCUUUGCCUGAGAAAUAAAAGUGUCAUUUGCCAUAUUGCCAUCUAAAGAAGAAAAACUGCAUCAGCAAAGCCAUUUUACUGAACUGAAAAGUUUAAAAUAAACUGCAUGGAUUUAUGAAGCUGAUGAAUAUUCCAAAAUAUAGUUGGAUUCAAGGAUAUUUUUUUGUCUACCAGCACUCAUGUUUAUAUGUACUGGAGGAGUAAAAUGAUACCGAAUGAAAUAGUCUGUGGAAAUAUAAAAAACAUAAACCAUCCAUCAUCCAGAAGAAAAAUGGAAUACACUGAUCUACUACUGAUGUCUUCUUUCAGCUUUGAUCUAAAGAUGUAUUUUAUUAAAACUAUAAUUUAAAUGUACCAUGACAAAUAUGCAGUAAAAAUUAGCUCUUUUCUAAGCUAGAGUAGGUUUUUGUCUUACAGUUAUUGUGCUAUAUAGUUUUUGUUUUAAAAACUCCAAUCGCGUGCUGCUUUUUUCCGACAUUGUGUUUUUAGUUCCACAAGAGGGAUAGCCAGUAGUGUUCAAAAAACACUUAAACAUCAUUUACCGCUGUUUCCUGAAGCCUGCAUAUAAAUUAGGCUUUAUUUCUCUGAGGAAUUCAAACAAAUAACACCUCCCCCUUCUUUAAGUAUUAUCGAAAAUUAAGUUUAACUUGCAUAAUGUUUUCUAGAAAAUACAGAGCAUUUAACCAGCAAAAUCAGAAGAUGCAAACUGAUCUGUUAAAUGCCUUGUGUUGUACCUAAUGGAUCAAUAAGGAGAAAAGGAACUGCAUAUUUCAUGAAAAGAAUAAGCAUUGUUUAAAUAUAACAUUAACAGAAAAACUCUUAAUUCUGUGCUUGAAAACCUGCAUGAUAUUUGAGAUAUAAAAAAUUCCCAUGAUUCCUUUAGGAAUUACAUCUCUGUCACUCAAUUUUUUUUAAAAAAGAUCAGUAAUAUGCAGAACAACUUCUUAAAAGCAAAUUUCCCAACUCUGUUUACAUCUGUAUCAGCUGUCUUUUAUCUCAUCUUGUUUUAAACAAUUAUCUAAGGAACAUAUGAUUCGUUUCAUGUUGAUGGGAGCGACUUAUAUACAAACUGUUUUCCAGGGCACAGCUCACACUCAAAACAUGUAAAACUUUUUGUUUCCUGCAGCAAUUAUAAAAUAAGGUAAAAGCUGAUCAAUAAAGGACUCGCCUUGUUCCUUGUCCUAACAUGAUUCCUUGAGAAUCAUUGACUUCAAGGUGUAUAAGACCUUGAGCAUUAUGAUAGUUUUCUCUUGCACUGCACUCAUCUUUCCAGGAAGCCCUCCCUAGAUCCUUCAUCAUGCACAAAAAUGCAAAGGAAACAUCUUCUCACUAAUUAAUGAAAGCAGCCUUGAAAUUCUAACUCUAGCUGUCUUGGGAUUCUAAUUAACUCAGCAUUAA